AUGCAGGAACCCCUCUCUCUUUCCUUUUUUUAUUUUAUUUUCUCUCUUUUCACUAGUUCUUUUCUGCCCCUCUAUAUUGCUCUUUCUUUUUUUCCUACCCCAAUUCUUCCUUUUUUCUAUUUCUCUAUUUUCCCAACUUCCUUCUUUUUUCCAUUUUGUCUCUCUCUCUCUCUCUCUCUUAUUCCUCCUACACUUUUCUUAGCCCCUCUCUCUUUCCUUUAUUUAUUUUCCUACACUUCUCUCUUUUCACUAUAUUGCUCUUUUUCUUUUCCUACCCCAACUUCCUUUCUUCUAUUUCUCUAUUUUCUUGUCCCUUUCUCUCUCUCUCUCUCUCUCUCUCUCUUAUUCCUCCUAACUUUUUAUUAUCUCCCAUUUCGUUUCUGCUAUUUCUGCCAUUCCCCAUACGUCUCCAGAUAUUCUCUUACCACUCUUUCUCUUUUCCUGUCCCUACUCCCUUUCUUCUAUUGCUUGCCCUCCUUUCUAACCAUUUAUCCUCCUAAACUAUUUUUUGUUUCUCCUACUUCUGCCCUAAUUGUUUCUUUUAUUCCUCUUUCCCUUUUCCUAAUUUACCCGCCUUUCUCUUACUUUUACUCUUCUCUUUUUCUAUUUUCUUCCUCUUUUUUAACUCUCCUCCUCACUUCUCUCUUUCCCGUUUCUCGUACACCUUUACUUCAACGCCUUUUCCUAUAUAGUCCUUUCUUUUUAUUUUCAUCUCCACCUUUCGUUCUUUCUUCUCCUCUUUUUUUAUUUUUUGCUUUUUUUUUUUACUAA